CUACCCACUGUCGCGGUACGUGACCAGUCGACACUCAGGUAAAUCUUACAGCACGACUGAAAAGUUGUGGCUUGAGGCAACACAGAAAAGUGUAUGUGCACAAUUGCACACUGCAACUAACAACUCCACAACGCGCAUGCUGCGCUGACUUCAUAAACAUGAUCGGCAGUCUGUUGUACUAUGCGCUCUACCCACUGUCGCUGUACGUGACCAGUCGACACUCAGAGGCCUCAAAGAAGAGUCUCCCACCUGCAGUGAUUAAUGGCAAGGCAGUGUGGGAUGGUGGUGCUGUUGCAGCCAGAAGGUUCAACCAGUCUCAGAAAACCAUGCUGGACCAGUGGCUCAGCCCAAGCAGUGGGACGAAAGAAAGGAUGAAAGAACCAAGCCCAGAAAAGAAAGACACAGGCAAAGAACAGCUGAUGGCUGGCCUGCAUGAGGAAACAAAGAAUGAGGUUGCUUUAAAAAUGAGUAAGGUCAAAUCUGCAGCUCCUAAGCAAGAGGAUGGGGAAAUAACUUAUCCUUAUGAGGUGUUCCAUUUGAAGCAAAACACAGAGGAUUGGAGUGUUUUUCCAUCUGUGGACAUUAGUCCAGAGCAAACUCUUAUGCCACAAUUAGAGUGCCUGCAAACUGAGGACGGCAUUCAAGAAACCCAAAGUCAAUUUGGGAAAAAGAUAAAGAUACCAAGCUUGGAAGAGUCAGUAACUCCAGCUGAGCCAAGCAUACAAGAAACAACCCGUUCAGUACAAGAACAAAUACAAAGCUUGGAAGAGUCAAUGCCUCCAGCUGAAGAAACUGAGUGUUGGGAUGAAUAUGUGGUUCCGACUGCUGAUGGAGAUGGUGAGGAAAGCAGUUUGAAGCUGGGAGUUCUCUCCCUUCUCUCAAACACUCCAACUCACCUUAAACUCAGUGGGCAGCAUGAUGCACAAGCUGGCUGGCACUUUCCUGCAGGACCUGGCCUGGCAGAAGAAAUGCAGUGCCCACUGUGGCAAUUUCCUGCCGUGAGCUACUACCCUCCAAUAGAGCCGACAGUGCCAUUUGAAGUAAUGUGGAGAGUAUGGAAGGAGAUGGAUGAGAGGGCCACUGCUGCAGAGUCCUUCACAUUCACAAAGGCCUCAAUGGCGUUCACUGUUAUGUCCUACAACAUCCUUGCUGAUGACCUACUAGAGGCCAACCAGGAGCUGUACACACACUGCCCCCUGGAGGUGCUCGACUGGAGCUACCGCUGCAGCCUACUACUAGAGGAAAUCCAGAAAUGGGAACCAGAUAUUCUGUGUCUCCAAGAAGUUCAGGAGAACCACUACCAUGAACAACUGUAUCCAGUCCUGUCUCAGAUGGGCUACACCUGUGUGUACAAGCGGCGUACAGGGACCAAGACAGACGGCUGUGCUACAUGCUACCGUAGCAGGUGCUUCUUUGAAGUAUCGGUCACCAUGUUGGAGUUCUUCAGGCCUGAGAUUGAGCUGCUGGACCGGCACAAUGUGGGCAUUGUUUUGUUGCUUCGGCCAGUGGUACUGCAGGGGUCAGAGGUCAAGGCAAAGGGCCCACCCCUCUGCGUGGCCAACACCCACCUGCUCUUUAACCCCAGGAGGGGUGAUGUGAAGUUGGCUCAGCUAGCCAUAAUGCUGGCAGAAAUUGACAGUGUGGUGAAGUCCUGUCAGGCCAAAGGCGAACACUGUAACCUUAUAUUUUGUGGGGACUUUAACUCUGUUCCCUCUAUGCCUCUAUACCAGCUGAUUACCACCGGAAAGCUCUACUUCCAGGGUCUACCUGCAUGGAUGAUAUCAGGUCAAGAGGAUCUGUCACACAAAGCCUAUGGUCACAGACUGUUUGCCCCCCUGUGGCCCAGCUCUCUGGGUAUCACUGACAGCUGCCAGUACACUACUGUGAAGGACGUAUUGAAGAGCCAGAGUCAGAAAUCAAGAAAAGGUCAGUACAGUCAUGACUUCAUGCGCCAGCUGCGCUUCUGUCCUGCUGCAUGCGUCCGUCCUCUGGAAUUAGAGACGAUCCCAGGCGUGACUGACAACACACCAGAGGCUUCAAGGGAAAAUCUGCCUGAUAAAAGGUUCAGCCACACCAUCAGUCAUCGGUUAGCCCUGGAGUCGGUCUACAAACAUCUUCUUCCAGGCUUUGGCAACUCAGAAGUCACGACCCAGCACUCUGACGGGGCAGCUACCGUCGAUUAUAUCUUCUACAGCCCAAGACGCAGCUUAGUGUGGGAUGAGAACGCUGGUGACUUUGUGAGUGAGGGUCUGAAGCUGAUUGGUUCUCUCAGCCUCCUAUCAGAGGAUCACUUAUGGUCGUUGAGGGGCUUGCCAAAUCACAUUUUCCCCUCCGACCAUCUCAGUCUUCUGGCGAAAUUCCAGCUGGACCUGAAUGCUGCAUGAUGGAAGAGACUGAGUGAACUCAAAGUGAUAUCAGAAUAUGAGCAUAUUUCCGUUCAAAAGGGUUCAGGUCUUGCUCCGUACACAUUUGGUUUUGUUCGUAUGAAUACCGUUACUUGUGGUUCACUUAUGGCAUCAAAGGAUUAAAGUUUUCUAACUAAAUAGAAGUUUGUUUAGUUUUUUUUUGUUCAAAAGAGCCAGAAAAAAUAAUGGAAGCCAACAUUCAGUCUUGUUCCAGAUAAUUGACUGAGAUAUGACUCAUCUUAUUAAGGAUGCUGUAAUGAUACUUUUUUAUUUUUAAAUGCUAAAGUGCUUUAAUUCCACUUGGUGUGAUUAGACACUGACCUGUUCAGCUUCUGUCACUUUUUAAAAUAUAUUUAAAAUUUAAUUUUCAAAGAUUUCUCUGAGUCGGUGGUAUUUUCUUAGAUGUUAAAAUAUUGAAUAAAUAUUUUCCAUCAAA